UUGGUUGGAGCAGUAAAAAGUGAGUCGCAGCAGACAAAACAGAAUAGUGGUUCAAAAUCAACAGCAGCGCGAGCAUAAAACGCGUGAGCCCAUCGAUUCGUUCCUCCGUGCCUUUGUGUUUUCCUUCAAAUUCCAACUGCGACACAGCAGCAGCGAUAAGCCCCACCACAGUGCGACCGGAGUGCGAAAGAAGCACGUUCUAGAAACGACCGGAAAAUGUCGGACGAUUACGACAAGUACGAUCUCGAGAUGGAGAAACACAUCCACUCGGGGCACAGCGGCAAGCAGCGCAGCAAGAAGGAAGCGAGCGACCACACGAACCACCACGACCCGAGCGGUCAUUCGCGCAAGAUAGUGGACAAGCUGAAAAACACGGAAGCGAAGAAGAAGCAGCCAGCCAAGUAGGAAGGAGCGCGCCAGCAGAAUCCAAUCCCUUUCGCCAUCGCGCGCGGCGCCCCUUCGAAUGGCCACGGGGACGGACGGGGGCACGGUACGUCACGCGCUCAGGUGGUGUGUGUCCGGGGAUUGGAUUGUCCGUGGGUGGGGGGAGGCGAAGGAGCAGGCAGGGGUCAGUUAGAACAGCUGGCUGAAGACCCGCUGCCUAGAGCUCUAGAGGUGAACCACUGUCUGUGGGAAUUUAUAAUGCGAUGGGCGAUAUCGAUUGCCCCGCGCCCGCUUCUCCGCUGGACAUCUCUCCUUCGUCGGGCCUUAGGCAGCCCCCCUCCCCCCGUCGUCCGUCCGUCGUGCGAAGCGAUGCGUAUCAUUUGCUGAGUGUAUGAUUAUGCUUUGUGUGAUUAACUAUAAGUUGCAACGGUUUUACAAAAGUAAUAAUGAUAAUAAUAAAGGUCUCUUAUCAUCCGA